CCGAAAAAAACCAAGAUAAAAACCGCAUAAAACCGAACUGAAUAACCAAUGGUUUACAUAUUUUUUAUGCAAAACCGAAACGAACCGAACCGCAACUUACCUUCCGUUUUGUCUUUGGUUUUGGGUAAAAACCGAACCGCCAAAACCGAACACACCCCUACUUUCACGCAUUAAACGUUUAAUGGAAUGAAGCCAAACACCUAGAAUUUCUAGGGAUCGAUGAUAUCCCCGCAUCAAUUUCUGCUGCGCUUCGCCGCCGCUAGACAAUCAUCCCGCUCCACCGUUCCUGCCACUGCCUAUUUAAGAAAACAUUGCUUCCCACCCCCCUCCGCAUCUUCAUAUUCAACUCUCAACCGUUCCAUUCACUCUUCCAGCUCUCCGUCUCCCUCAGCCUUGUCCUCUUCAAAGCCGCUUAGUGCUGUAGCCUCUGAAAACUCGGAGACAAGUUCUGAUGAUGAUAACAACGGUUGGGAUGAUGAUGUAGAUCCAGUUUCGGUUUAUUCACCAAACACACCUGCAAAUAAUGACUACAAGUCUCUGAGAAAUGCUCUGGAUGUACCAUGGGUUUCAAGAAUUUCUCGUUUUGAUGCAACAUCGUGUCUGAAGGAACCUUCACGAGAAAGGAAACAAAAGAAGAUGUAUAAUAUUAGUCAAAAGACUCGUUUAGAUUGUAUGACUAAUUUGAGUGACAAGAAAAUGGGGUGGGAAGAUCCGUAUUUGGUGAAUUCAUCUGAAUCACAAGGGACUAGUGAUUACAAGUCUCUGAAAAAUGUUUUGGGUGCACCACAGCUCUCUAACAUUCCACUUAGUAAUGUAUCAUUGUUGUGUACAAAGGAAGUUUCUCGUGUACGGGAACACAGAUGGGCUUAUAGGAGUAGUCAAAAGGCUUGUCUAGGUGGCUUAAUGGAUUUGUCUGCCAAGAAAACAGAGAUGGAAGAUUCAGGCUCAGUCAAGUCAUGUGAGUCACAAAUGACUACUGUUGACAAGUCGCAUGAAAUCUUUUGGGGCGUACCACGGAUCUCUAGCAAAUCGCAUGAUAAUGUAGCAUUGUGUCGAAAGGAAGUUUCACAAGAAAGAAAACACAAAUGGACUUGUAAAAAUAGUCAAAAGACUCGUCUUGAUAGCUUAAUUGGCUUAUGUGCAAAGCAAAUGGGGACGGAUGUUACAAAUCUUGUGUUUGGUAAACUGAGGAGAAAGAUUAGUCUGAAGGAGUAUAAUACAAUAAUAAAUCUUUGUGUUGAAGAAGCAAGGAAGAUGGGUACUGUAGAGGAGUCAAUGGAUCAACUUUCCAAAGCUUAUACAUGCCUAAAAGUGAUAAAGGAGCGUGGGUUCCAAUUAAAAGAAGAGUCUUAUGGUCCAAUUCUUAUGUUUUUCAUUGAUUUUUGCAUGGUUCCUGAGUUCCAAUUUUUCUCUGAAAUCAUUAGAGAUGGGAAUAUGGUUUCUCUCCCGAAAUUAGCUUACUAUGAAAUGUUGCUAUGGAUAAAAAUUGAUAAUCAAGAUAAAAUAGAUGAGCUCAUCAGUUCUCUUGCCCUUCAUCACGGUGAAGACAAAUAUGCUUUUCAAGAGAAUUAUUUGCUUGCAUUGUGUAAUAGCAACCGAAAACAGGAGUUCCUGAGGCUAUUAAAAAGUACUGACGUAACUAAAGUUUCAUCCUUGAAAACCCUAUCUUCUAUCUUCAGCUCACUGGGAAAGUUAAUGCUGGAUAAGUUUGCAGAGAAAUGCUUUCUGGAUCUGAAGAAGACAGGCAUAGGCAUAUUGAGACGUAAACCUCAAAUUCUAAAGCAUCUUAGUCAUAGUUAUCAGAGCGUCAAGUUGAGGCACGACGCUAGGAUACUGCUAGGAUACUGCCAGGACGCGUAGUCGACUAGGUGACCGCCUAGGUGACACAUAAUAUAGGAGAAUUGCUAUACAUUAAAAACUCUAAUACAAAUAUAUCAAAUUAUAUAUUGUAGUUGAUAAAGUUUAAAUUUUUCUAAUACAUCAAAGUUAACUACCAAAGUUACUUUUUGGUACUUUUCUCAACAAAAAAACCAAAGUUGAAAAAAAGUUUUACCGAUUU